AAAUACUGCAGAGGAUUUUAUUUCGUUUUAUGAGGAAAUGAUGCCAUUUGUCCAGACAUUGCCCUUGGUUCUACUGCACAAGGAAUUGAUAUUUUCAAAACUCCAGUCUAGAUUACAGAUGAAGGCAAGACUAUCGCUAGAGCCUAUUCUCAGGCUGAUGGCUGCUUUUUCUAGAGAUCUUCUGGAGGACUUUACACCUUUUUUGCCUAGGCUUGUGGCUACAAUAGUGACGCUUCUCAACAGUGGAGGUGAUAAAGAGCCAGAGAUUGUUGAGCAGAUUUUCAUGUCAUUAUCAUAUACCAUGAUGUAUCUACAGAAGUAUCUCAUGCAGGACAUUGUAUAUGUACUCAAAGUUACACAAAAAUUAAGAUAUUACCCAAAAGAUUACGUCCAAGAGUUUAUGGCAGAGGCAGUAUCAUUCUUGCUAAGAAAUGCACCUGACGAACUGUUUACAAAAUGUGUGAAGAAGAUCAUGCUUGAAGUUGUGAAGAAACCACUUGUUAGGAUAAAAUCUGGAGUAACUGCUUUGCUUUUUUACAUUAUGCGGGGAAUCUCAAUGACACUACAUUCAAAAGCAGGAAGAGCUUUUAAAUUAGUGAUGGGAGAUUCAAUAUUUGUUAUUGGUGAUAAAUUAAAAAGAGGUUCAGCUAUUGUUGAUGUUGUGAUUGCUGCCUUGGAAAGAUUGUGUCAAGAGUUAGAAUCGAAGGAGUUAGAUUUGAUGUGGAAGUGCUUGUACAAGAAAAUAAAUGAUAGUGCAACUAAAAAGUCCUUGUUGCAUCUAAGUCGCUUGUUAUCAUUUCUUAUUUCUGUGCUUAAGAUUGAGAAAGGAUGCAAAGUAUCUGAUUAUGAAGUGGUGCUUGAAUGUGUGGACUUCCUUGUGCGUGCAUUCAUUGCAGCACCUUCUGACACCAUGGAGGUAGAUGGUCAUUUAUCUAAAGUUGUUGAUAAGGUUCUACGACUGAUGUCAUGCAUUCUUGAUGGGCUCCAAAGUUCUAAUAAUAUAUCAACUAUCUCUGUCUGUUCAUUACAAUGGGCGCCUGCAUUUCAGUUGAGGAACUCAAGUUUGUUGACUUUUAUUGAAGAAUUAAUACAGAAGGACCAUUACAUACUAGAUGCAUUUAGAGUGAAUGUUUUGAGUGCAUUGAAUGAUUUGAUAGAUUCUUCAGAGAAAGAAGUCAUAGGUUUGUUAUUAACCUUAUGUGAGAGACUGUGGGGGAAUUCUCAAAGCUCCAAAAUAUUAGACAAUACAUCUGGAGGACUUUCAAGAAUUCAUGAGUGUUUGCAACAGGGAAUUCUCAACUGGACCAGGGCAAUAAAGGAUAUUAUUGGAGGGAACAGCUUGUCCAGUCAUAUUGAUGAAGCCAGGUUGGCUGUACUUUGGGGAAUGAUCAGUUGUUAUCCUCAUAUGUUUGAUGUCCAAGCUGAUUCUUCUUUGCUAAUUGAUCUAAUGGAUGCACUGAAUCGGUUUUUGGCAAUUGAAGCUGAUGACCUUGCUGGUAUCCCCAGAAGCACUUGGCAAAGCCUGUUUGGUGCUGCACUGAAUUCCUUGUAUAGAUGCCAUUUUGAUAAGAAUGCUGAGAAUGGAGAAACAGUGAAAGUUGUGGAUUUUGCCAAAGCAUACAAAUCAUGUCCACAAGUAUUAUCUGCUGUUGCUGAUUAUUUGGAUAAUUUGCAAGGGCCUCCAUUGCAAGCAGAUGGCAGCAUGAAAGUAUAUCACCCGGAGCUUAAAGCAGAGAAGGCCAUGCAUGCAUUAGAUAUAUUUUCUGAGAAUUUGAGUCACUCAGACAGGCAGAUGCGUGUUGCUACUCUAAGAAUUUUAUGCCAAUAUGAACCACUGGGAGAUGAUACUUUUGCUGGGCAUCAGCCAGUGGAAAAGAAAAUGAAAACUGAAGGUUCUCAAGCUUGUCAUGCUGGCAGCAAUGUUCUUGAACUCUUCCUCUCAAUAGAGGCAACCCCCCUUUCGAUUUCAACAAGUAGGAAGGUUAUCCUAUUGAUCUCUAGAGUACAGAUGGACCUCUCUGCUGGAAGAAUAUCUGAGACAUACAUACCUCUUGUAUUGAAUGGUCUAAUUGGCAUAUUCCAUAAUAGGUUUAGCUAUUUAUGGAAUCCUGCUUGUGAGUGCCUUGGGGUUCUUAUUAAGGAGCACACUGGACUUGUGUGGGAUAAAUUUAUUGAUUAUUUGGGAAGAUUCCAAGCCUCGUUCCUGAUCUCUAAUGGUCAAAUGGACGGUAGUGCUGCUGCUUUGUCAGACAAGUCUAUCGGUUCCGCAUCACUUGUGCUUGCCUUUUUAAAAAUUGUCAAGAUGGGGUGGAGUGGUUUUUUUCUGGGUUUUACUGCAAAGAAAACAAUGAGGAGCUGUCUAAGCUUCAGGCAGAAAUUUCUGACUGCCAAAACAGAUGGGAUUAUGAGGGUGUUAUCGGGGAUGAUUUCAACAUGACAUUGGUAGAAGUGAAAGAUCGUGGGGCCAUUUCUUGGCAGCCAGUGCCGCAGACUUCAGAAAUAUUAUUAAUUCUCUCGAUCUGGCGGAUCUUCCCCUCACGGGUGGCUCCUGGACCUGGAGCAAUCAAAGGGAAAUUCUCUCUUUUUCCAGAAUCAACAGGUUCCUGAUUACUAUUGAUCAUCUCCUUGAGUUUCCUGCUUUAAUUCAAAAGAUUCUUCCCUGGCCGCUUUCGGACCAUUUCCCCCUUCUUCUCAUAUCUGAUGGCAUCAGAUGGGGAUCUGGUGCCGAUCCGUCUUGAUAAUAAAUGACUUCUACUUGAUAACUUCAAAUGCAUUAUCAGUUAUGGUUGGUGCAAUUCUGAGGUGAAGGGGUCGGCCAGUUUUCGAAUCACCUCUGAACUUAGGAUUCUGAAAACGGAGAUUAAGAAAUGGACCAAGGAAGUGGGGCUUAAGGAGGAGGGGAACAUUGAUGAGUCUUUGACUGAGCUAAGCAGUCUUGACAGUAUUGAGGGGUCUGUUGGUCUUGAUUAAGAGGGCUUGCAGGAGAAAUGAUCUGAAACUCGAUCUGGCCAAUAAGCUUCACAUGAAAGCCAUUUCUUGGAAGUAGAAGUCUGGGGAGAAGUGGCUUAAGGAGGGAGAUAGGAACACCAAAUUCUUCCACUGCCUAGCAAAUCAUCAAAGAAGAAUCAAUUAUGUGGAAGAAAUGUGGAUUGAUGGGACUUCUAUUUUUGGGAAAUGAUGCAUUGAGAGAAGCUGCAUUUUCUGUCCGCCCCCAACUUGACAAUUUACUAUUCGUAGCCUUAGAACCUCACAAUAAUGAGAUGCUGGAAGCUUACUUUUCUGAGGAGGAAACUGAGAGCUGCUUAAGAGAAUGCA